CCACAACAUCAUUACGACCAUCGAUCACCCCACACAUCCCAUCGCUAUCAUCAUUCGAACUAUCGCCAAAAUGGACCUCAUAUCUUGUUGAAUGACUUUAGGGGAUGUUGACUUUAUUGAAACUCGAUUUAACCACGAUUUAUCACCCUUCUCUUAUCCCUAUUUACCCAUAUCAGUCCCUCCCCAUCACACCACCAUGACAGCCACCCUCGAACGGAGUCUGUCUCGCACUUCGAGCAUGUCUAUGCCCAUCUCGAGCCCUAGACUGUCUCUUGUACAUGAAACGACACCGCCUAGCUUAUCCGACCCUGCCCUAUCUCACAUUCACGACCGUUUAACCCUACUUGACUCCCGUGUUCUGGAAUUACGUUCGACUAUCCUGACCAAAGACGGCUAUGUCGAUCGACGGAAUCGGGAAGAUGAACAUAUUCGUCGGGAAUUCGAAGCCCAUCGCUCCAUUUCAAACCGAAUCGAUCUAAAUGUGGUCGCGUUGAGGACGGACGUGGAUCAGUUGAAGUCGGGAGUGUUCCAACUGAAGUCGAGCAUCGGCCAGACCGGCAACGAGACCGUUUUCUUACGCAGUGAUGUCGAUCGUUUGUCGAAGAAUAUCGAUCAAAUCCAGUCCGACAUCGAACAGGUUCAGACGGACGUGUGUGGAUGCCGGGUGGAGAUCAGCAAACUACACGCGACCAUCAGUCAACUUCGUACUGAUUUGAUUACCCUUCAACAUGAGACAUCACGACAUUUGAACUCGGUCUUCGACCGCUUUUCUCUGAUUGAGUCCCGCAUGAAGCAUUCGGAACGCGUCCGCUUCAACUCCUUGGCCCAUACCACCCACGCCCCAAUUACCCCAGUCCCCGUUGUCGAGGAUGAUGGCACGCUGCAGUGGCCGGAAUAUUUCCCUCGUACUGUCUGGCGCUUCUGGUGCCUGAAGAAGCGCAGUCGGAUCAACCGGUUGGUUCAGUUGGCCGAAUUUUAUCAACUUGGAGGUUACCAAUACUGGGGUCGAAUGCACCAGACAGAGGCCUUGUUUGUCAGUGAUAGUGACUCCAGCGACUCCAGCGACUACCCGUCCAAUUUGACUCGUGCUGAAGCAGUUCGCUUGUACCCCGAGGCCGCACACCAGGCACUGGCUGCCACACUGGGUUUGGUUUAUUACAAGAUUCGGAACGAGGUUGGAGAAGGGCCGAAUGCCCAUAUUCCACGUCCCCCGAAGCGACAACAAGAAGACUUGCCGUCGGUGUCAUCGGGUUCGAAGCCGAAACCGAUGAAGAUGGCACGCCGUCCCAACAAUGUGUCGCCUACUGCUUUGCACCGACUGAUCACUGGGCCGUCGCUGGAGGCGAAAUCGAUAGCUUCGGAUGAGUCUGACAAGCUUGGAUGGAAUGCCCACUCUGAAGUGUCCGACGAGGCUAUGAGUAAGCUGCGAAGCAUUGUUUCCGAGGAAGUUGGUACCCUACUUCGAGCUUUGGAACGUGGGCGCAUCCGAUUGAAGCCUGGUCGCGCUGAGCGAGAGAAAUUGUCUCCGAUAGAAUCCAAAGCCAGCAUACGCAAUGGCCGGUACGGCGGCGAUGGCGCGCAGGACGAUGAUGCGCGGACGUUGCCGAACACGGUCCCGACGGAGAUCGUGUCUCUUUCAGACAAAACGGACAAGACAGAGGAGCAUGACCCUGAACUUCCGGCUACUGAGUCCGAUGCUACUAGUCCGUAGUGACCUUAUCACGAUAUCGUCAACACGAUAUAGUGGUAGAAUACGGAGGCUUGCACCAAGGGCUCUUGCCUGCUACGUGACUUUACCGUACAAGUUACUAUGCAAAAGUCACUUAACGGGCACAAGGGCCUUUGGUGCUCUAUCCUUACCGGACUGGUCGUAUCACGAUCGACCUUUGUCCCGCACGCAUCUCGUUGCAGAUGCAUCGCUAGCUAACACGACAACAGAGAAUGCCCCCAUUGUGAACCUUUUAACUUAGUGGUAGCAUUCUCUGGUGUGAUGCGUGAUAGCAGCACUGCUCCUUGGUUGCACAAUGAUCGACACAGAGGACAUUAUGCCCCUGUCGACGUGUCGCAACAUUCCAUUUCCCAAGCCUGGGUAUGGCAGGAUGCGGACGGCCUUUGGUAUAAAUACCGAGGUUCGCCGCAUCUUGACAGUGAACGAAUAGACCAUUCUGACAUCUUGGUGGCCUGCGACGUCCUGCUCAAGGCAGCACAAUACUUUACGUAACACUGACAGUUGAGUCUUGAGUCGGGGGCUCAUAACCUACUACUGGAAUUGAUAGGCAUGAUACGGCGCCCUGGAUGGAUAUGUAUACAAGAUACCCCUUUGGAUGGAUUGUUUUUGCAGAUUAUUCUAUUUUGGUCUGGACCUAGCGAUAUAUACCUUGCAUUUGGCGUUUCUCGUAUUACAACUAGUUUUGAUUAUCUGAUUAUGACAAUAGGAGCAGUGAUAUUGACAAGAAGACA